AUGGCCGCCGCAUGCUCAGCAGCCACGUCGUGUGUCCGAAUUGGCAUGUUCUUCAUGGCCUCUCAGCUCUGCACCGCCGUCGAACCGCCCUGCCACACCUUCGACUCGCCUGGGUUGGAUUUUGGAUGCGAUUUUGGUGGCCUCGACUUCAACGCCGAGCCGGACUUGCUCCUUGCCGGUGACGGACUGGACGGCUGCGACGACAAUUGGCUUGCGCAAGAGUGUCUUUUGGAUCCGACGCUGGAUCUCUCGGGCGGCGGUGUGCUGAUUCCCAACAUGGCGACUCAGAUACAAACCACCCCGUCGCUGGGAAUGAGUGAUCGGAUUCUUUAUGAAGACGACUUCCUCUCCCAAGAGACAGCAAACCUCCUGGCUUCCACCCUUGAGCAACCACCGCAUUCAACCAUCACCCAUCUCCAGACAUCCAAAACCACUACGACGACGACAACGCCCGCCACAAACUCACCCUCCUACGCCGCAACCUCCUCCGGCUUCUCCACCUUCAACCUCAACCUCACCAGCCAGACGUCACCCGACAGCAGCAGCAGCCUCUCCAGCAGCACCAAGCGCAAGGCCGACUCGCCGCCCGAGGACGGCGCGGCCGCCGUGGUCCUCAAGCGCCAGCGCAACACCAUGGCCGCGCGCAAGUACCGCCAGAAGCGCCUCGACCGCAUCGCCGAGCUGGAGCAGGCCCUCGCCGACAUGACGGGCGACCGGGAUGAUCUGCGGCUGAAGCUGGUGAGGCGCGAGGCCGAGGUCGAUGCGUUGCGGGAGAUGCUGGGGAAGAAGUGA